CACCCGCAACCAGACUGUACACAAAUCGGACUUCUGAUCCAAAUCCAAUGCCACUCGAUGCUCGUCUGCGAUUUUUGAAAGUUUAAACGAAUCGGUCAGCGCACAAAAUCAACGUCACUAUGGGCAAUAAAUCUUCGCUGUUUCUUCGGAACGAGGAGAUCGCGCAAAUCCAGGAGGAAACUGGCUUCACCCCCAACCAAAUUGAGCGGCUGUACUCCCGCUUUACAUCGUUGGAUCGAAACGACUGUGGCACUUUGUCCCGCGAGGAUCUGAUGCGGAUCCCAGAGCUGGCGAUCAAUCCGCUAUGCGAGCGGAUUGUGCACUCCUUCUUCGCGGAAAGCAACGACGAUAGGGUCAACUUCCGGCAGUUUAUGAACGUCUUAGCCCACUUCCGGCCGUUGCGGGACAACAAGCAGAGCAAGCUGAACAGCCGGGAGGAGAAACUUAAGUUCGCCUUUAAGAUGUACGAUUUGGACGACGAUGGUGUGAUCAGCCGGGACGAGCUGUUGUCCAUCCUGCACAUGAUGGUAGGCGCUAACAUCAGCCAGGACCAGCUGGUCAGCAUCGCGGAGAGGACGAUCCUAGAAGCGGACCUUUGCUGCCAGGGCAAAAUCUCGUUCGAGGACUUCUGCAAGGCUCUGGACCGAACCGAUGUCGAUCAAAAGAUGUCCAUUCGAUUUCUCAAUUAAGAUAUAGUUAGGGUUCAGGAGGAAAGAGCGAGCUUUUUAGUCAGUGUGUACCAAAUAGUGUAGAACGGAGUCAGUCGAGAGACAGAGGCAUUCCGAAAGAUUACUGAAACCUCUGAAGAUUUUGAACACUAAUCCUGGUGCUUAAGUAAUUCAGCAGGUGUGUUUUUUGAUUUUAAUUGCAAAGCUUUAAAGUAUAAAUUAGAACGCUUUUUAUUUAAUAAACCAAUUUGUAUCCUUAUGAGUUUUCAAUCAGGUUUUGUAUUAUCAAUCCCAGGGGCUGCAGAAAUCUUGUAAGUGCGUAACAAGUAGCUUCAGGUUGUGCAACUUUAACUUGAAUUUUUCAAUUCGAUAAAAUAUUUAUGAAACUCUAUAAACACACAAAGCAAAAUACUUUUUAAUGAACUCUGUACUGGUUUCUCAACCAGACAUAAUUAUUGCUUAAAAAUCUUCAAAGGUGUCAGAAACGUUUCGGAUUAACUUGUAUAAGUAGUUGUUAUGAGGAAAGAUACACGGUUUUCUUUUUGUUAAUACCUUUUUUUGUCGAUAUUAAACUCAUUCCGCUUAACGUAAACUGUAAUAGCAUCAUGUGUUAAGCUGCGUUCAAAUAAAACACAAGCGGAUUGACGCAAAAUUUUUUGAACAUAA